UUCUUAAUUCUUGGCGUUCUUUUCCGUAGUCCGUUCUCUGUAUUCUGUAGUGUACUGUUAGUUUUUAGUUUUGAGUCUUGUGUACGAUUUCGUCGGAAGCAUAAUAUUUAACAUUAUUUAUUCAAACUCAAUCUUAUCGCAUCGCUUCGGUGGUUGAUCGCGUUUACGAUGAAAACUUAUUAGAUCUAUUUUUUAAAAUCAAAAUUCUAGAAAAUUUUGAACUAUGGCUGACCACGAUGACAUUUUGUUAAAAAAUGAAAAGUCUAAAGAAAAUGGUAAAAUCAAUGAUAAUGUUCCAGAGUUAGACGAUACUGAACCACCAAAGGUUAUAAUAACUGCUCCUCCGACAAUGUCUAUAAAAAUGAUAAGUAAUAAAUUACAAAAGCCAAGUGAUGGAUUUGAUAAUAAUAAAGACUCAGACGAUUGUCAGAUUAUCUUGCCCAAGACUGAAAUUAUAGAUAUUACUGAUGAUAUUUGUGAUAAAGAUGAAACUAGUGAAGUUGUAGUUAAACAUGAUAUUAAAGAUACUCCAAUAAUUAUGACACUUAAAGAAGAACCCAAAGAACCCGAAACAGAGGUGAUAUCAGAAGAUGAAAUGCCAGUUGACAAUAUGCCUGUUGAUACUGAAGCUGUGUCUGAAGAUGAAUUACCACCUACCGCUUUAGCUGAUCAAACUGAAAUAGUAUCUGAUGAAGAGCUGCCUAGUGAAAAUGGUACAUCCAAAACAAAAAGGUUUCAAAUUCCUGAGGAAAAAGAAGAUGAUAAUGAAUCACAGCCUGCAAAAAAAAUCAAAACUGAAGAAGUAAAACCAAUUACUGAACUUGAUAAGUUUUGGCAAGCUGUUAAAGACGAUCCUUCAGACUUUGCUGGAUGGACUUAUCUGCUACAAUUUGUUGAUCAAGAGAAUAAUGCUGAAAACGCAAGAGAAGCAUAUGAUAAAUUCUUGGAAUUGUACCCAUACUGUUACGGCUAUUGGAGAAAAUUUGCUGAUUUUGAGAAAAGAAAUAACAAUAAAGAGGAAUGUGAAAUAGUCUUUCAACGUGGCUUAAAGGCCAUACCACUCAGUGUUGAUUUAUGGAUUCAUUACAUGACAUACCUAAAAACACAACAUGCAGAUAAUGUGGAUCUUAUCCGUAACAACUUUGAGAAAGGCUUGGAAAUGUGUGGACUUGAAUAUCGCUCAGAUCGGUUAUGGGAUCAUUAUAUUAGGUGGGAAAUUGAACAAAAUAAGUUAAUCAAUGCUUUCAACAUAUACAAUCGUCUUCUUGCUACACAAACAUUGGGCUAUUUGCAACAUUUUGAAAAUUUUAAAGAUUUUGUAAACAAGAAUGCACCUGAUAAGAUUUUAAAUGCUAAGGAAUAUCUUGAAUUAAGACAGCAAGUAGCUGAAAGAAUUAGGCUGAGUGGAAGUGGUGAACUGUUGACUGAUGAUUCUGCACCACCAGGUGAAGAAGAAAACACUUUUUUAUCUGAUGUAUCAGAAAAAGAAUUAGCAUUGUUAAAAGAAACUAUCAUUGAAUCAAAACAAAAAAUUAAUAAGGAAACAGCUAAAGAAAUAGCCAAGCGCCAAGCAUUCGAAGAAGGUAUUAAAAGACCCUAUUUCCAUGUGAAACCUUUAGAAAAAUGUCAGAUAGAAAAUUGGAAAAAUUAUAUUGAAUUAGAGAAGGAAGCCGGCGACCAUCAACGUAUUGUUAUUUUGUAUGAAAGAUGUUUAAUACCAUGUGCUUUGUAUGAAGAUUUUUGGUUGAGUUAUUUGGACUAUUUAGAAUCUUUAAAUUUUGAUGUAAGUGAUUUAUUAGAAAGCUUAUAUUUGCGCGCCUGUUUAGUUCACCAUCGUAAGUCUCCAGAGUUACAUUUGAAAUGGUCAGCUUUUGAAGAAAGCAAAGGUAACUUAGACAAAGCUGCUGAUAUUCUGAAAAACCUUGAUGACUCUGUUCCACAUAUGUUGCAAAUUAUUUACAGGCGUAUUAAUUUGGAGAAACGUAGAUACCAAUUUGAUAAAGUAUGUGAAUUGUAUGAACAUUAUAUAAAUACUUCUCAUACAAAGUUUCUUACCUCUAAUAUUGCCAUAAAAUAUGCACGUUUUCUUUGGAAGUGUGCAAAUAAAAUCGAUAAAGCUAUUGAAUUGAUUGCAGAUAUCAUAAACAAAGACAAAGACAAUAUGCAAGACAAUGCUAGACUAUUGUUGCAACUCAUCGAGCUUAAAAUGAGUGUAAAGCCGUUAAAUGAAAAAUCAGUUAUCCAAAUAUUUGAUGAAAUAUUAUCAAUGAGCAGUGUAAAUUUAGAGCAAAAAAUAUUGUUUUCUCAACGUAAAUUGGAAUUUAUUGAGGAUUAUACUUGUGAUUAUACAUCAUUGCGCAAAGCCACCAACGAGUUUAAGAGUUAUACAGAGUUGCUUGCUAAAGAGAAGAAAAAAGCAUUGGCUGCAGUUGAGGAAGAAAAAUCUAGAGUUGAAAAAGAAAUGAAAGUGAAACAGGCACAAGAUAUUGCAGCAUCUUCAAAUUCUCAAAUAGCAUCUACUAACUACCAGCCGUACAAUUCGACCGGAUAUUACCCACAACAAUAUGCCACUGGAUACAACCAAGCAGCUUAUCAACAGUACGCUCCCACUGGACAAGAUUAUUCAUAUCAAUAUCAAAAUUGGAGCUACCCGCAAGCGACAAACUACAAUCAGACAUGGGGAUCGUACAAUUACAGUGGCACAGGAAGUGGUGGAAGUGGAGGAUAUUAAUGUAUAUUGUAAAUAUUAAUUAAGUAUGAAUUAGGUAUGCGUUAAAAAUUAAUUUAUGUAUAAAUAGG